CGCAGUACAACAACAACAUGAUUCCGUUUCCCCACAUUUAGCUGCACGCGUGAGAGUUGCUUCUACUACUCAGCCUUCUUCGUGAUGAUGUUUUCUGAGGAGAAUGUAAGAAUCCCAUUCGAGCAGAAACAGCUGGACGGCGUGUUUACUGUUCCCGCUGAUGUCACCGCGUUGCGUGCAGCCGUGGUGAUGACGCACGGCGCGGGGGGAGACAUGCACAUCUCUCAUCUGGAGACCAUGGCGCGUGCUCUCGCCUGUUCAGGUGUUCUGUGCCUGCGCUUCACCUGCAAAGGCCUGAACCUGGCGUACAGAAUCAGAGCAUACAGAGCUGCUGUAGACUACUUAAAAGCUCAUGAGAGGUAUACACCAAAUAGUAUUUUUCUCGGAGGCCGUUCUAUGGGUGCUCGUGCAGCCGUUGCAGUGGGUAGAGUCAUGUGUGCUGAGCAAGAGGAUGCAGUGCAGGGUCUUUUGUGUUUAUCAUUCCCACUGCAUCCACCAGGAAAAACGCACACACACAUUGAGAGAAGCCAAGACCUCCGUGCAUUGUCCCACACUCCUGUGCUGUUUGUUUCUGGCACAGCAGACACCAUGUGUGAACAGAAACUUAUGGAAAAUGUUAUAAAGUUAAUGCAGUGCCCCAUAGCUGUUCACUGGGUCAAGGGUGCGAGCCAUGGGCUUACAGUACGUGGAAGAACUGAAGAAUCAGUCUCGGAGGAAGUGAAUUCACAGAUCAUUACAUGGAUACUAGAACAUAAAUUAGAUAAAUAUUAAUCAUGAUUAUUCUUAUAAAUAUCUUGCAUAUCUCUCCUUUAUAUGUAAAAUCUUUUUUUUACUUUUAAAAUUAAAUAAAUCAUCAUUAAUUAAUCAAAUAACUUGCUUUUGACUUUAUUUUAUUUAUGAACAAUUACUUUUUUAAUAAUAGAUAAUAGAACUUUUUAAAAUGUGUUUAGAAAUUGUGAAACUAUAGUGCUCCGUUUUGCUGGUUUAAAGUGUGUAUAAUGAUAGGUUUAGAGUGUUUAGUAAUAUCAUUGCGUCCCUCACAAAAAUAAUAUAUAUAUGAAGAGUUUGCUUCCACAAUGAGAUAACUUCGUUUUAAAAUAAAUUCAAAAAUCAUGUUUUUUAUUGUGCAUUCCAAUUAAUAUCAAUGAAACUGCA